UAUUGAGUGUGGUGAGUUGUUGGAAUGACAUUUGACACUUGUAUUCAAGUUUGCCGCUGUCUUUGUUGCAGUAUGUUUUAAUAAAAUUCAAUCCAAAAAAAGAUAUUCACAACAUCGGGACAAUGAACAAAAGAGUUGCUAAAUACAAUCGCACAAAUUUAACAGAAUUUUGAUGAAAGAUAAAUCUCCAUCUAUGUCAGUCGAAACAUCGAUUUAUCAAAUACAGAUCGCAGUUAAAUACGUUGAAUAUAUUUCACAUAAAAUAGUAGAAAAAUCAACAAUAAAAUUCAAAAGAAUAAAAAAACUUAAUUUUAACGCACAUUCCAGAUGUAGUUUUGACAUCACACAAUUCCAUUCAAUAUCAAUAACAUUGCGAGUGUAUUUGAAUCCAAUUGGAAUAGAGCAGAGUGGAAAAAUGUUGAAUUUAAGUGUGUGCAAUGUUCUUUAGAUAAAUUGUUAAAAAUAGAUGUGAUCUCAGUGUAUAUUCCUGCAAAAUGGAGUUUAAGAAGCCGAAAACUCUGAAGCGAUACAGUGAUGAAGGCCCGAAUUCACCGUUGAAUAGAAAAAAGUGCAAAUUACUGUCAACGACAAUCGCAACACCGGAACCACGCAAAAAGGAAACCGAUCCUUUCGACGAUAAUUUUUCGCAAUUUUUUCGGUCACAAUUCAUUCGACAAAUUUCUGAUGCCGAAACGUCGAUUAUUCAAAAAUCAAAAGGCACUCACAAUACGUCUAUGAGUGAUUAUAAUUUCACACAAAUUGAUGGAUUGUCGCAAUUUUUGGAUGAAACUCAAUUCGAAAGAUCAAUUACAUCCGGUCAAAGAUGCAUAACGGAUGAAUCCAGUGUCAUCGAUAUAAAUGAACCAAAUAAUGAAUUCGAAACGGACAAAAAUGAAAAUUGGCAAUUCACAUCACAGUUCGAAAAAGAACCACUUGAUGGUGAAGAAAAUGAGCCAAUCGAAUACAAAGAAGAUUUCGUAGAGGAACGGGAUCAUGGUGACAAUGGCGAUAAAGAUCCGGAUUCCAUUGAUUUUAUGAUACAAUCUAGUCAAGCAUUUCUGAAAGAACUGUCAGUGUUGCAAACGAACAUCAGUUCAAUUUGCAAUGACACAAUAAAUGCGAGCAAAUUUGAUACGCAAGACUUUUUGAAUCCGGACCAAUGCCAAUUCGAAGUGUUCAAAAGUCAUGUAACCGAAUCACAGUACAUGCAUCGCAAACGACCGAACGAACAAUCGAUUUCUGAGAUUAUACCCAGAGCUACAGACAAGAAAGUUUUUCUCGGCCCAUCGACAGAGCUAAAUACAGAGACGAUCGAAGAUCAAUUGUUAGCCGAAAUGGUACUCACUACACAAGCGCUGGCUAAAAGCACAGAAUUACUCGAAGAUCAAUUACUGGAGGGAAUCAAUGAGAAUGAUUUUUUGGACGAUUCGGAGCAACUAAAUGAAUGCAUUGACCCGGAUUCAAGUGCGUUGAACAUUUUUUCCGAUGAAGAUGACAAAGAAAAUCAUCAAAAUGCAACGAAACACAACGAAUCAAUCGGUUCCAAAAGAGUUUCACACAACACAGUUACAACGAUUAAUCGAUCAGAAACGCUGCCAGUCACCGCUGCCAAAUACUGUUCAAUGGGUCCUUUUUUUGGGUUGCCGUUGAAAGUAAAGAAGCUAAUCAGAAAUUUCAAAAACAUUGACGAUUUAUAUGAUUGGCAAAAGGAAUGCCUUCAAUUGCCUGCCAUUGAACAGAAGAAGAAUCUUAUCUACGCCCUGCCAACAUCCGGCGGAAAAACAUUGGUGUCGGAAAUUUUGAUAUUUCGCGAAAUUUUGUGUCGCCAAAAGAGUUGCAUAUUCAUUCUGCCAUAUGUUUCGAUUGUUCAAGAGAAGGUAUGGUCAUUGUCACCAUUUGCAUUGGAAUUAGGAUUUCUGAUUGAAGAAUACGCAGCCGGCAAAGGAACUGUACCGCCACGUAAACGACGCAAGAAGAAAUCAGUGUAUAUUGCAACGAUUGAAAAAGCGCUCGUCAUGUUCGACAGUCUAAUUGAAGCAGGCCGAGUUGAUGAAAUUGGACUUGUGAUUAUCGAUGAGUUGCAUAUAAUUGGAGAAUCGGGCAGAGGUGCCACUUUGGAGGCUCUACUCACAAAAAUUCAAUAUGUCAAGGCUGGCAUACAAAUUGUGGGAAUGAGUGCGACCAUCGGAAAUCUACCCGAAUUGGCUGAAUUUUUGGAUGCUGAUGUCUACCAAAAGGACUUUCGACCGGUUGAGUUGCGUGAAUACAUUAAAUGCGGAUCGGAUUUGGUUGAACUGAAAAAAGAUGCCGAUUGCAUUCAAAAUGCAUUUGUACCGGAGAGAACGAUCUCAUUCAAUUACAAAGCAGAUGCAUUGAAAAAAGAUCCAGAUCAUGUUGCCGGCUUGGUGAGUGAAGUGAUACCAACCAAGUCAUGUUUAAUCUUUUGCUCGACGAAGAAAAACUGUGAAAGUCUCACCAAACUACUGUGUACCAUGCUCCCGAAAAAGUUCACCGAACACAAAAUUGCCGAACGAGAAAAUUUGAUAAAAGCGAUUGAAAAUGAUAUGGGCAGUGUAAUAUGUCCAAUUCUUGGCCGCAGCAUCAUGUGUGGCAUUGCCUAUCAUCAUUCUGGCUUGACCACCGACGAACGUCGUCACUUGGAGGAGGCAUUUCGGUGUGGUGUUUUAUGCGUAAUUUGCUGCACAUCUACACUGGCGGCGGGUGUGAAUUUGCCGGCCAAACGCGUCAUCAUUCGAUCGCCCUAUGUGGGGAGAGAGUUUAUUACCCUCAGCAAAUACAAACAGAUGGUAGGUCGUGCUGGUCGAGCCGGAUUUGGUGAGAGUGGUGAAAGCAUUUUAUUAUGUAAUUACAAGGAUAACCAAAGAGUUUGUGAGCUGUUAUGCUCACCAAUGGAUGAGGUAAUUAGUCAAAUGCCAAAUAGUGAUUCACGAGCAUUGGAAGCGAUGAUUCUAAGUGCAAUUGGACUAAAUAUCGCAACAACUCAAGCCGAAUUGCAAAAACUUGUCGCUCGUACUAUGUUUAGUAUUCAAUCGAAUCGGUUCGAUGACAAAGACGCGAAAACUCUGACAAAUAGCAUUAUUGUAAAACUCAUCCGAUCAAAAGCAGUCACAACCGACUCAAAUACCAAGCCUGAAUUCACAAACCCCGUUCCAUCAUCAUCUCAAAGUCUACAUGAGACAACCUUUAGCACAGAAAUUGAUCUAAGCCAAAGAAAACGGCUAGUUUUGAAAUCGUCGACACGAUUACAGGUCGAAAUGCUCGGUAAAUCGUCAUUCAAAUCCGGAAUUGAUUUUAAUCGAACGAAAAUUGUCUACACCGAUCUACAAGGUGCACAAAAAAGCCUUGUUUUACUCGACUAUUUUCAUUUGUUGUAUAUCGUUACUCCGUAUGACGAAUACAAUCCACCGCCCAUGCCGGAUCGAAAUGUGUUUUACAAAAAGUAUUACGAACUUGACCAGAAUCAGUUGCACACCGCCAAAAUCAUAGGCAUUGCCGAGUCGACUGUGAUUAAAUUAAUGUCGGGACAAGCGAUUAAGCCCGAACAUGAGCGUGUCAUAAAGAAAUUUUUCAUGACAAUGGUGUUGAAUGAACUUUGGCACCUCAAACCGGUGUCUGAUGCUGCAAAUUCGUUUGGCAUUGAUCGCGGGAUUGCGCAAAAUCUCAUGGGUAUGGCUGCAAUCGAGGCAAGUUGCCUGCUCAAGUUCUGCGAGGAACUUGAAGAAUUUUGGGCAUUUCGAGAACUCUUCAAAAAUUUGUCGCAAAGACUGAGCAAUAUCUGUACAGUAGAACUAGUUCCACUAAUGCAACUGCCCUCCGUUAAAAUGGGACGUGCGAAGCAACUGUAUAAUGCCGGAUACAAGAAAAUCGAGGAUGUUGCAAGAGCAAAACCAAAAGAAUUGGUGGAUAAUAUUGAACACAUGACAAAUCGACUGGCAAAUCAGCUCGUCUCCGCAGCAAAGGUGAUGCUGUUAGAAAAACUGGAAAACUUACAGGAGGAGGCACAAGAAUGCAUGGAAGUUUACCUCAGUUAAAUACUCACAGUUUUAUACAGAAGAUGUAAAAACAUGACAAAAGAGAUUUUUUGAAUAUUUUGCUAUUGAAAAAUAUGUACAUUUUUUUAAAUAAAAAUAUAAAAUUCACAAAUUAUAGCACAGACAUACGACAUUGAGAUUGUAUACUUU